AGAAAAUACUAGAACUUCAAUAGUAGCGAGAUCGCCGCUGCUCCAAAACAAAGCAUCAAACCAGUUACCAAAGUCACUUCUCAAUACAAAGCGUAAGAAAUCAGACUUUCCAUUCUUCAAAUUGAGAAGAAACAAGUUCACAGGAAGCUGGAACUUGAUCUUCUCGGGGCUUAAAAUCCGGCAAGAAACAAACAAUAUACCCCCAUUUUGCUUGGUGGUCGGCAAUCGGAUUUCAGAGGUUUCAUUGUCUUCUCAAAGCAAAGGCAGCCAUAAAUGGAUUUGAUGGAGCUUUGGGCGAUCUUUGGACCAGGUGUCGCUGGCGCAAUCUUUGGUGCAGGUUGGUGGUUUUGGAUCGACGCUGUUGUUUGCAGCUCCGUCAAAGUCUCAUUUUUACACUACCUUCCCGGCAUAUUUGCAUCAUUGGCAGCUUUGAUGUUCAAUUGUGUUAGGAAGGACGAUAUUGACUACUCUCCCUACGAAGAAGGCGAGUGGAGGUUGAAGCUCUGGCUUUUCUUUGCCUAUGUUGUGUCCUUUGUUUCUCUGGCGGCAUCAGUCGGUCUCCUGAUUCAAGAUUCACUUGUGAAAACUGGCCCUUCAGUAUGGACAGGAACAGCCGGUGUGUUGCAAUGUGUGUUUGUGUUGGUCAGCGGGCUGAUUUAUUGGACUGUUCACUCUGAGUAACUUUGGAAAUGGCUAAAGAAACCGUUUCUUCUUGAGCCUUAAUGCCAAAAGUGAGAAGUCAUUUGUGAAUUUCCCAGUCUCGCUUUUACUUGUUAUAAUAUUCAACCAGUUUGUUAAACGAUAGUUUACCUUGUAAAUGUUGUGCUAACAAUCUUUUUUUCUUCUGCCCAAAUAAUACUUAUAUUGUCGAUGAAUGGUGGAAAAGAAUUGAGCAUUGUUUUUUUGCUA